UGAGACCAGGGUAGAGAGACGGUGAGACCAGGGUAGAGAGACGGUGAGACCAGGGUAGAGAGACGGUGAGACCAGGGUAGAGAGACGGUGAGACCAGGGUAGAGAGACGGUGAGACCAGGGUAGAGAGACGGUGAGACCAGGGUAGAGAGACGGUGAGACCAGGGUAGAGAGACGGUGAGACCAGGGUAGAGAGACGGUGAGACCAGGGUAGAGAGACGGUGAGACCAGGGUAGAGAGACGGUGAGACCAGGGUAGAGAGACGGUGAGACCAGGGUAGAGAGACGGUGAGACCAGGGAAGAGGUGAAUCGUUGUGAAGUCAUCAGAAGGGGACCGAGUGGUGUCGGUGUCAGAGACAGAGACCAGGGUAGAGGGAAGAGGUGAAUCGUUGUGGAGUCAUCAGGAGGGGACAGAGACGGUGAGACCAGGGUACAGGGAAGAGGUGAAUCGUUGUGGAGUCAUCAGAAGGGGACAGAGACGGUGAGACCAGGGUACAGGGAAGAGGUGAAUCGUUGUGGAGUCAUCAGAAGGGGACAGAGUGGUGUUUCCUCCUCUGGUGGUAUCAGACAGACGGCCCUUUGUAGCUCCGUUAGAUGAGCAUGGUGCUUGCUACGAUAGUGGGUUGGAUUCCCGCGUCCACCUUUAUAUAAAAUGUAUGCAUGCGUAACUGUAAGUCUCUUCGGAUAAAAGUGUUUGCUAAAUGGCAUUUGUUCUUCUAUCACAGACGAACAGUAGCACCAUCUAAUCAUGUGUCUCUGUAGCUUUCUAUUCUCAGUAGAAAAGCCUUUCAUUUACAGGCUGAUGGGACACGUUAGGCAAAUAACUUCUUUCAGCUCACUUGUUCCAGCUUGUGUGUGUGAGUGUGUGUGAGUGUGUGUGAGUGUGUGUGAGUGUGUGUGAGUGUGUGUGAGUGUGUGUGAGUGUGUGUGUGAGUGUGUGUGAGUGAGUGUGUGUGUGUGAGUGUGUGUGAGUGUGUGUGUGUGUGAGUGUGUGUGUGUGUGAGUGUGUGUGUGUGUGUGUGUAAGUGUGUGUUUAUUCCCCCUGCCCUGGGUUACUCAUCCCUCUCUCCCUGAGGAGAAUGGUCCUUCCUUUUCUCUCAUUCUACAAACUCUAAAACUCUAGAACUAUAUUAAGAAUCUAGAACUUCAUCUAAAAACUCGAUCUAGAGGCCAUAUCUAGACUCUAUAAUCUGUAUAUCUAGACUCUAGAUAUAUCUAGACUCUAUAACCCAUAUAGACUCUAUAACCUGUAUAUCUAGACUAUACAACCUGUAUAUCUAUACUCUGUAACCCGUAUAGACUCUAACUCGUAUAGACUCUUUAACCCGUAUAUCUAGACUCUUUAACCCGUAUAUCUAGACUCUUUAACCCGUAUAUCUAGACUCUCUAACCCGUAUAUCUAGACUCUCUAAUCCGUAUAUAUCUAGACUCUCUAAUCCGUAUAUAUCUAGACUCUCUAACCCGUAUAUAUAGACUCUAUAACCCGUAUAUCUAGACUCUAUAACCCGUAUAUCUAGCCUGUCUAACCGGUCUGUAAAUGGACACCCUGGUUCAGCUCCAGAACAGCCCGUUCCUCAUGGGUCUCUGUCGGAACGGAGCUCCAGCAGACCUGCAGUACGACAAUUCUUCAGAACUGUUCCGUAUCUCCACCUUCGCCCGGUUUCCGUCAUUGGGGGUAACGGAGCGCAGCCUGGCGAGGGCAGGAUGGUUCUAUACUGGCGUUGGAGACAGGGUGCAGUGUUUCAGGUGUAACGUGACGGCGGAGGGCUGGCAGACAGGGGACUGUCCAACAGAGAGACACAGACAGCUGUCCCCUUCCUGCUCCUUCAUCCAGACUCUCCCCUCCUCAGCCAACCUCCUCUCCUCCUCACACUCUGCCUUCUCUCCUCUACGCAGCGCGCCUGUCAUACCGGUGUCAGGCCCUGGCCCAGCCCCCCUCCCUGUCUCCGCCCCUAAUCCUGCCCCCAACCCGGUGCCGGGGGAGGAGCCUGUUGGAUAUUUGAAUAUGGGGUUCUCUGCCCCGCCCCCCUCCAGCCCGCUGAGCUCCAGAGGAGUAGAGGACAUGUCCCACCAGAGACCCCCAACCUGUCACAACCCCAGUAUGAGGAGAGAGCAGGACCGUCUGGUCUCCUUCCACUCCUGGAGCCUGUCCAUCAUCACCCCCUCUGAGCUGGCUACGGCUGGCUUCUAUUACCUGGGGCAGGGAGACCGCGUGGCCUGCUUCACCUGUGGAGGACAGCUCAGUAACUGGGAGCCAGGGGACCGGGCCGUAUCAGAGCACCAGAGACAUUACCCCAACUGUCACUUCGUCAGAGGAGACCAGGCCGACAACGUCUCCCUAGCCGGGGUGGUGGGGGGAGUAGCAGGCACCUCUCAGCCCCCCGGGGCAGAAGCCCCCCCUGGCCCCGGCCCCCCAGGCCUCAGUAACGUGUCUAACCCAGCCAUGCAGCAGCGUGAGGAGAGGUUGCUGACCUUUGUCCACUGGCCCUUACGUAUCCCUGUUCGCCCCGACCAGCUGGCCAAGGCAGGGUUCUACUACGUCGGGCGUAACGAUGACGUGAAGUGCUUCUGUUGUGAUGGAGGUCUGAGGUGCUGGGAGUCCGGUGACGACCCCUGGGUGGAGCACGCCAAAUGGUUCCCUAGGUGUGUGUACCUGCUCCAGGAGAAAGGUCAGGAGUUUGUCCACCAGAUCCAGGCUCGCUUCCCUCGCCUCUUUGAACAGCUCCUAACCAAUGGGGACAGCAGCUCCAGAGAGUUUGUGGACCCUCCAGGUGAGGAGCGGUCGGAGGACGCCGUGAUGAUGAACACUGCUGUGGUUGUGUCGUCGCUAGAGAUGGGAUUCGAGCGUGGCCUGGUGAAGCAGACCGUCCAGAGUAAGAUCCUGACCAGCGGAGAGAACUACAAGACAGUCCAGGAACUGGUCUCAGACCUGCUGAGUGCAGAAGAUCAGAAGAGAGAGGAGGAGAGAGAGAUGCUGGCCGAGGAGAUGGCUUCUGACGGUCAUUCAUUCUUGAAGAGACACCAGACAGCGUUGGUCCAGCGUCUGAAGAGUGUUGAGUCUGUCCUGGAGCACCUCAGAGAGCAGAACGUCAUCAGUGGAGAGGAAUACAGUGGUCUCCAGGGCCAGUCCUCCCAGCAGCAGACAGCCAGACUGAUAGACUUGGUGCUGACUAAAGGAAACGCAGCGGCUGAGGUCUUCAGGAACUGGAUCCAGAAGAACGAUGUCUACCUGCUCAGAGACCUCAUGGCCCAGGCAAAUGAAGCCUCAUCACCGAGUCAAGAUCUCUCAGACCUGCCGAUGGAGGAGCAGCUACGGCGAUUGCAGGAGGAGCGGACCUGUAAGGUGUGUAUGGACAAGGAGGUGAACAUUGUCUUCAUCCCGUGUGGUCACCUGGUGGUCUGUAAGGAGUGCGCUCCCUCCCUGAGGAAAUGUCCCAUCUGCAGAGGACUGGUCAAGGGCACCGUCCGAACCUUCCUCUCCUAGAAGACCCCCAGGAACAAGGGCCCCUCCCUGAGGAAAUGUCCCAUCUGCAGAGGACUGGUCAAGGGCACCGUCCGAACCUUCCUCUCCUAGAAGACCCCCAGGAACAAGGGCCCCUCCCUGAGGAAAUGUCCCAUCUGCAGAGGACUGGUCAAGGGCACCGUCCGAACCUUCCUCUCCUAGAAGACCUCCAGGAACCAGUGCCCCUCCCAACACUGUCAAACUUCUUUGACCUUGUCUCCUAUCUACUCCUAGAGAAUAGCUACCAACAGUCUAUUCCAAGCGUGUCAAUCUCUGUUCCUGGAAGGCUGUGUUUACUGGUUUUUCUUACUUCAUUUUGUGUCAAUAAAGACCUAGACAGUCAGGUGAGGAUAGUUCCUAAUUAAUCAAUAAAGACCUAGACAGUCAGGUGAGGAUAGUUCCUAAUUAAUCAAUAAAGACCUAGACAGUCAGGUGAGGGGAGUUCCUAAUGAAUCAAUAAAGACCUAGACAGUCAGGUGAGGGGAGUUCCUAAUGAAUCAAUAAAGACCUAGACAGUCAGGUGAGGAGAGUCCCAUAAGCAACGUCUCUGUCUCUAAUCAUAUCAGAAUGUAGCCUGUUAAACGUACCUGCUUAACCAUUAACUAAUAUGUUCCUGUAUAGAUAUACACAUUACAGAACUCUGUAGGAAUGCAUGAGGUUAUAGAACUAACUCUAAUUGUCCAUCUAUGUAAUCAGUCCAUUGAUAGAGCACACAACCACGACCUGUAGUUCCAACUGAACAGAUGAUGUGUAGUAACCAGUAAAGGCCUCUGCAUCAAGAAUAGCUCCCUAUUUAGGGCACUGGUCAAACGUAGUGUACUAUAUAGCAAAUAAGAUGCCGUUUGGAACGCAGAGGCGUAUGUAACAGCCAGUCAAGGCCCUCGCAUGUAAAGGGUAGGAUGACUAUUCUCAUGUUGGAUGUCUCAAAUAAACGGUAUGAUGGCUA